AUGUAUGUUAGCAUGGUGUCAAGAACGGUCAAGAAUGGAGCAGCCAGCGGAGCUCUUGAGAUUGCCAGUUCGUCUUUGGAGUAUCCACUCCCGAACCCGAGGAUCAAGAAGACGGUGAUGAAAGCGACUAGGAUGGUGUACGAUGCUAUUCUUCUAGCUGGUUGCCUGCGGGCACUAUCUAUUGCAUACUGGGCAUCUGCUAGGGAAGGAAUCGAAGAAGAGCGUGCUCGGGUUGCCAUCCCUCAAGGGGUUAAGAUGUACUUCAGGGACACAAAAAGCAGAUCGACGAAAAUAAUGAUGAAGAAACUGACAACCAAACUCCCCCCAAAGAUGAUCGAGUGGUACUUCCAUGCGUUGUCGGCAGUCAUUUUGAUCUUCUCCAAGGCGAUAGCCCAUGGCAGGACCCAAAGCAAGUUUGAGCCCAAGCUCUGGUAG